AUGGCAGUCAGGCUAACUCGAAAAUGUGUGCAGAGAACUUCACCAGGGCCUCACCAGAAGGGCUUCACCACCAGGGGCCUCUGCCAGAGCCUCAACACCAGAGGGAGCCUCAACAGGGGGCCUCAACACCCAGGGCUCAACACCAGGGGCCUCAACACCAGAAACCUCGCCGCCAGGGCCUCACCACCAGAGGGCCUCACCACCAGGGGCCUCACCACCAGAGCCUCUCAACACCCAGGGCCUGCACCACUGGGGGCCUCAACACCAGAGGCCUCAGCACCAGGGCCUCCAACACCAGGGCCUCAACACCAGAGAGCCUCUCCGCCACCAGGGCCCCUCACCACCAGGGGCGGCACGCCAACACCAGGGCCUCCCCUGCAGAGGGCCUCCACCACCACGGGGCCUCAUACCAGAAGACCUCCUGCACCAGAAGGGCCUCAACACCAGAGGGCCUCAACACCAGAGGGCCUCGCCACCAGAGGGCCUCCGCCACCAAGAAAGGAGCCUCGCCACCAGGGCCUCAACGCAGAAGGGCCUCUCACCACCCAGGGCCUGCCACCAGGGCCUCUCAUACCAGGGGCCUCACCACCAGGGAGCCUCACCACCAGGAGGGCCUCACCACCAGAGGGCCUCUCAUACCAGAGGGCCUCGCCACCAGAGAACCUCACCGCAGAGGGCCUCACCGCAAGGGCCUCACCACCAGAGGGGCCUCGCCGCGAACCUCGCCACCAGGGCCUCAACACCAGAGGGCCUCAUGCAAGGGGGCCUCACCACCGAGGCCUCAACGCAGGGCCUCCUGCCAGAGGGCCUCGCCACCAGGGCCUCACCAGCCUGGGGCCUCCACCACCAGGGCCUCUACCAGGGCCUGCACCAGAAGGGCCUCUCGCCACCAGGGGCCUCGCCACCAGAGGAGCCUCUCAUACCAGAGGGCCUCCUCCACCAGAAGAACCUCCUGCCAGAGGGCCUCUGCCAGAGGGCCUCAACACCAGAGGGGCCUCUCACCGCAGAGGGCUUCACCCAGAGGGCCUCACCGCAGAGGCCUCACCACCCAGGGCCUCACCACCAGGGGCCUCGCCACCCAGUCUCGCCACCAGAGGGGCCUCCUGA